AUGGAGCCCCUUCACCUCUUCCUCCUCCUCUUCGUCAGCCUGCGGAGGUCCUUUGCUCAAGAAGGACAGUGGCUUGUGCACACGUGGGAAAAGACAUCUUUGUUGUCUCCCUACACCGCCCCCCCAGAUCUUGAAAGAAAGGUGUUCGUCUUCCCGGAAUCGUCCAACACUAGCCAUGUGGUUUUGAAGGCCACCUCUCGGGAGCGUCUGACCAGCUUCACCGUCUGCCUGAGAUCCUACACGGACAUGACCCGUGCUCACACCCUCUUCUCCUACGCGACCGAGACCAGCGACAAUGAAAUUGUGGUCUUCAAAUCCAAGCCCAGUGAAUACAGCCUCUACGUGGGGGGGCAGGACGUGCUGUUCCUCUUCCCCGAACGGCUGACCUCCAAGCCUAGCUGGGAGCACAUUUGCAUGAGCUGGGACUCCGACACGGGAUUAGUGGAAUUCAGGCUAGAUGGGCAGCCGCUGCCCCGAAACGGCCUGAUGAAAGGACACGCCGUAAGUGCAGAAGCAUUCAUUGUCCUCGGGCAGGACCAGGAUUCUUUUGGGGGCAGCUUUGACAUCAACCAGUCCUUUGUGGGGGAGCUCACAGAUGUGUAUAUGUGGGACCGGGUUCUAUCCGGUGAUGAAAUGUGCCACGUGUGGAGCAAACAGGUUCCUUCCAACCCCAUCAUUAAUUGGAGAGCAUUAAAUUACGAGAUCAGGGGUUAUAUUGUUCCCAAGCCCUCCCUGUUUUCUGUCUGCAAAGCUGGUUAGAUUCCCCAAAUGAAUGAAUGGCCCAAAGCAGGGCUGUUGAAUUUAAGGCCCGCCAGCUCCACCCCUUUGGCCUGACUACCAAGAAUGCAACCGUUUCUUGACUGUCAUGCCGCUUUCCCCGCCUCUCGAUCAAAAUGCUUGACUUGCCUCUCCUCUUGUGGCAAUAAGCGCUUUCAGCAAAAAUAGCCUUGCAUUUUCUUGUAAUUUGCCCCAGACCUUUUCCCUUUAGCCUCUUUCCACCUCCCUUCAGCUCUGACUCCCACUGGAAUGUGCUCGUCCCUCUGAGCUUUUCUAAACUUGCGUUUGGUCCUUGGUCUGAAAGAGUCUGGAUGCCCACGAUGUAAGCAAAGAGCGAGACUCUCCGCACGACGGAUCCUUAUCUCGCUGUUUGUAGUGCCAAUCUGAUUUUCUUCCUGAGAUGUUCCGCGGGUCCCCCAGGGCCCUUUGAAUAAAGCAUUGCAAUG